ACAAAAGAAGCUAGAACAAAUGAUGGAGGAAGAAGGCUUAAAAGAUGAAGAGAAAAGAAUCAGGAGGUCAGCACACGCGCAAAAAGAAACAGAAUUUCUUCGCCUAAAGAGAACAAGGCUUGGCUUGGAAGACUUUGAGUCUUUAAAAGUAAUAGGCAGAGGAGCAUUUGGCGAGGUGCGACUGGUCCAGAAGAAGGACACAGGGCACGUCUACGCGAUGAAAAUCCUACGUAAAGCCGACAUGCUGGAAAAAGAGCAGGUUGGCCACAUUCGUGCGGAGCGGGACAUUCUAGUGGAGGCAGACAGUUUGUGGGUUGUGAAGAUGUUCUAUAGUUUUCAGGACAAGCUAAACCUCUACCUUAUCAUGGAGUUCCUGCCUGGAGGUGAUAUGAUGACACUGUUGAUGAAAAAAGACACUCUAACAGAAGAAGAGACACAAUUCUAUAUAGCUGAGACCGUGCUAGCCAUCGAUUCUAUUCAUCAGCUGGGUUUUAUCCAUCGGGACAUCAAACCAGACAACCUGCUUCUGGAUAGCAAGGGCCAUGUGAAACUCUCGGAUUUUGGUCUGUGCACUGGACUGAAGAAAGCCCACAGAACAGAAUUUUAUAGAAACCUGAACCACAGUCUUCCUAGUGACUUCACUUUCCAGAACAUGAAUUCCAAAAGGAAAGCAGAGACUUGGAAGAGAAACAGACGGCAGUUGGCGUUUUCCACGGUGGGAACUCCAGAUUACAUUGCCCCUGAAGUUUUCAUGCAGACCGGCUACAACAAGCUUUGUGACUGGUGGUCGCUUGGGGUCAUCAUGUACGAGAUGUUGAUCGGUUAUCCACCCUUCUGUUCUGAGACUCCUCAGGAAACAUAUAAGAAAGUCAUGAAUUGGAAAGAGACUCUGACAUUUCCUCCAGAAGUUCCGAUAUCUGACAAAGCAAAGGAUCUUAUUUUAAGAUUUUGCUGUGAAUGGGAGCACAGAAUUGGUGCGUCUGGUGUGGAGGAAAUAAAGAGUAACCUGUUCUUUGAAGGGGUUGAUUGGGAGCAUAUCAGAGAGAGACCUGCUGCAAUUUCAAUAGAAAUUAAAAGUAUUGAUGAUACCUCAAACUUUGAUGAAUUUCCAGAAUCUGAUAUACUUAAACCAACAGUGGCAACAAGCAACCACCCAGAGACCGACUACAAGAACAAGGACUGGGUUUUCAUCAACUACACCUACAAGCGUUUCGAAGGUCUGACAGCCCGAGGAGCAAUACCAUCCUAUAUGAAAGCAGGAAAGUAA